AUGAGGUCCACGACACCGCCCUCGAAAUGGGCCUCCCUUUUCUCGAUGCUGGCGCCGCGCAUAGUCCUGGCGGUACUGCGGCCUCCGUUCAUCGAUCCGAAUAGUCUUCCUGAUACGCCGGUCUUCAAGGGACCUUGGGGAAAAUAUAUCAAAGCACCAACGGACAAGACCCGUAUCGUUCCGCAUCGUAUAUGGGAAGUGGAGGGGAACGUUACGACGUCGGAGCUGGAGGCUUUGGAGGUCGGCGUCGAAGCAGGACAUACGUUUCAACAUGGCAUCACUAUUGGACCAGGCGGGAUGUUGACGCUGGAAUUUGAGGAGAACAUUGCUGGACGUGUAUGCUUUGAUGUAUCGUCCUCCGGAAACGAACCCGAGAUCUCCUUAGCGCACUCCGAAUCUUCACUGUAUGCCGGUCCGCAGCCGGAUACCACAACUGAGAAGCUAGAUAGAGACCUGCCGCUACACUUCGAAUUCAGUAAUAAGACUGGCACAGUCUGCGUGGGCAAGGACUUCAUACGAGGGGGCUUCAAGUACCUUACGUUGACGAUGCCGGAAUACCCUGUCUUGACAGAUGAUCGUGUCGUUGAGUUAUCCCUGCCACAGGGCCAGGCAGUAUUAGGAGACGACGAGAAACAAGUGCCACUCGGAGAAGCCGACAGAGACCCAUACAAGAAGCCGUGGGUCACACUCAAGGGCCUCUGGGUAAACUGCACCGCCUUUCCCUCGCAGUCCAACGGCCGCGCGUAUUCGGGCUACUUCCACAGCUCAAGUGAUAUGCUCAAUCGCAUCUGGUACGCCGGCGCAUACACCCUUCAAUUAUCGACUAUCGACCCUCGAGAAGGCUCUGCCAUCAUUGACUACAACCGCGACUGGGACCACAACGAGUCGCCGACAGGUUCUUGGUACUCCAACUUCACAGUCGCAAAUGGCACGGCCGUCACGACUGAUGGUGCAAAGCGUGAUCGCGUUGUUUGGCCCGGCGAUAUGUUCAUUGCCGUGCCCGGUAUUUCUGUCAGCACCUACGACAUGGUAGCUGUACGUAAUGCCCUCGAUGUACUGUUUGACCAUCAGUACUCAGACGGAUCGUUACCAUGGGCCGGUCCUCCUUUAGGCCUACAUGGCGAGUUCAGCGACACAUACCACCUACACACUCUGCUGGGCGCUUACAACUACGUCAAGUACUCCGGCGACUUGGACUGGCUAGCGACACGCUGGUCGGCCUACGUCAAGGCUCUCAACGCCAGCAUCGACAAAGUUGACCACACUGGCCUCCUCCAUGUCACCAGCGCCGCUGACUGGCUGCGCCCAGGGAUGACGGGCCAUAACCUCGAAGCCAGCGCCAUUCUCAGCGCCGUCUUGGAAAAGAGCAUGAAACUAGCAGAGUGGCUUCACGACGACAGCCCCGCGGCACGUCCACGUGGGGUAUGGUCGGGCGUGCGCCGCUCUCUCAACGCCGGCAUCCAACAACUCUUUUGUGAAGAUACGGGUCUGUACUCGGACAACAUUGGCAGACGCGGUUGUCGCGGCCCUGAACACACUGACCCUCAAGACGGCAACAGCUGGGCUCUUAUCUCCGGUGCGACACCGCGCUCCCGGCGGGCCGUCGUCUCCGAGAAAUUACGAUCCCGCUGGGGCAAGUACGGCGCGCCCGCGGUUGAAUUCCCCAACGUCAUAUCGCCCUUUGUCUCCUCCUUUGAGCUCCUCGCCCAUGCGGCGGCUGACGAGCACGACGCGGCCGUCGAGCUGAUGCUUCUCGAGUGGUCCUACCUCCUUGACGGGCCGGGCUUCACGAACAGUACGCUGGCUGAGGGUUUCAUGGUCGACGGCGGCUUGCAGUACCCAGCCUAUAGGUCCGCAGCCCGUAACUCUCACUGCCACGGCUGGUCAUCGGGCCCCACGAGCGCCCUCACCUCGGAGAUUCUGGGGAUCCAGCUCCUCGCCCCUGCCGGUGCAGAAUGGACCGUUCGCCCGCACCUGACAAAGUGGCUCAGCUUCGCGAGAGGAGGGUUUGCGACGACCAAGGGCGCCUUCGAAGUCAAGCUCACACGUGUCGUAACGUCGACCUCGUCCACGGCAAAGAACCAGCAGAAGCGACGGAGGGGCCAGACCAUUGAGAUCACCGCCCCGGGAUUCACCAAUGGGACGUUCGAGUGGAGCUCUUCCUCGCUCAAGGUUGACGUUGAGGGUGGCAAGACGAUAGCGUGGAUCGCAUGGGACGACGAUGGGUCGGGCGUCAUCGUGGAGCAGCUCGACGUGGCAUUGGGCAGGAUCGAGGCGUCUAGUGAGGACGAGUGGCACCGUCAGAGCUUCAUCUACCGCGACGAUACCCGGCUAGUCUAUGAUGAAUCAUGGACGCCGCCGCAGAUGGCCCAGAGAAAGGCCGGAGUUGUUGACUGGGAUGCGCUGGAAGCAAACUACGCCAAGCCCCUGCAUGAGAUGUUUUAA